AUGACGAUUGAAACGAAUUUAGUUGUAAACAAACAAUUAUUUGAAAGAUAAAGAUGUACAUUAUACCGGAAAACCGUCAAAACAGUUAUCAGAAAUCCGUCCAUUAAAAUAUUAUGUCGCAGCCCAUGAAUAACACAGCCGCGCAGCGGCACAACAAUGUAAACGGUAGUCUGAACGGGAGUAUGAAUGGCCACUCGUUCGGACUCCCAGGGGUGGACCAGGACCAGCUUCAGAAGCGCUUGUACUCAUACGCACCCAAACAGGUAUCAGAGAACAAGACAGCCUUGAAGUUUAAGAGGAUAACGCCAGCUCAGAAGAUCACCCGGGCAAAGCCCACCUCUACCAAGUUGGAACCACUGCCUGGCCUUGCUAGAUUUCAGGAGCGUAAUCAGCCGGAGUUCAUCCGACGCAAAGCAGCAGAAGAGCAAGUGGCAAGGGGUCUGAUCAAUACUCAAUCUCAGGGUGAGCCUGAAUCCAAGAAACUGAGACGCCCUGACUCUGUGGAGCCCUUAGAGAGGCCACCCAGUGCCACCCCGCUACCCGAUCUUCCAGAUGAACUCCGACAAAAACAGGAAUCCUUCGCUGGUGGGCCGCUCAGGUCACCGACCCCACCCAAGGAGCCCAAACCCACCAGUCCCAGACCGGGGCACACAAGGGGUGCCACUGUCAACCUUCCCAUCUCUCAGGGUUCAGAGGAGUUGGAAGGGAUGAGAGACAUCAGUGAGAUCAUACGACUUGUCCGACAGAAACCCAAGCUGGGAUUUCUCUACAUGUCACCAGCAGUCCCGAAAGCAUCUGUGCUGUACCAUCCAUACAACCUCAAAAUCGUCGACCACAAUGGGAUAAACCACAGUGACUACUACACCAUCAGCCGCAAAGGAGUGACCCACAUGCAGCCCAACGAGACCGUCUUCACAGAUCUGGACCGCUGGGAGCAGGAGUAUAUGUACUACAUGAAGCUCAUCAAGAUCCCCACGUUUGCACUGUUCCGCAAGUGGAAGGCCUUCAUGACGUGGCGUAAGAACGUUUCCUCGCGGAAGAUCGCUAACUGCAAGAAGCAGCUGCAGGAGAACUUGUUUAUUGUCAACCCGUCACUUCGACCAGCACUUCUAAAUGUGCGUGAGAUGUGCUAUCGUAUCAGUGACAUGGGACUCUGCAAGGUGGAGAAAGGAAACACGUACACUCUGAACAAUUUUACCGUCGCUCAGUUCGCUCAGCUCAACGAGGUUGCCGGCCGAUUGGCUGAAUUCAGGGAGCUGGUGAAGGAAGUUGUGCGUAGCGCGUGUCGGACGGCACUUCUAGAGGCAGGAUUUACUCCCGAUGAUUACUUCCUGGAUGCAGAAAGCCCUGGAGGAGAGGAGGGUGGUCCCCCCGGCACCGCUGCUUCAAGCUAUCUGAUGCAAAGUAACUUUGACAUGGAUAUCUAUGGGGACGCUCCAGACAAAAUGACGUACACUGAGCAGGCCAAUAAACGUAGUCACUGCAGACGACUCACAUGCUUUAUCCGUCUUGCUGACUAUCUGAUUGUGAACACAAUGCACGUACUGGCCGUCAACUCGGUCACCACGCUACUGAACUACCUGAAGGAACAGCUCCAGAACACCCCAUCUCAGGCUCAGAUACAAGGCAAAGAAGAAGACAAGACAGAUGAUGCUGAAGAUAAGGGCACAGCUACCUUGGCUGCUGCCUCCAUGGCAGGGACCAACACAGUCGGCUUCCACGACGACGCCAUCGACCACUCCCUUACGCCGCUAUUCCUGACAGAGUUUGUCCUGGAGCCCAUCCAGAUCCUCUUUGCACCGGAGCUGGAUGAGUAUCAGGAUGGUAUCGCCGAGGUCAUCUCAGAGUUCCAGAACUGCGUGCUGGGCGUCAUCAACCUGGUACCGGACAAUUACUUUGAUGCAUUCACGAGACCAAUUAUUAAUGGCAAGUUUGAGGAGAAGACUGCCGGUGAUGGACCGAGUCUUACAGCCAUGUUUGAGGAUGACAAACAUCUUCAAGGAGUCAUUCAGAGCCUCAGGGACUGUAUUACCAAAGCAUUUGAUGCAGCCAAGCAGUACGCAGACACCUUUGAACCAUUCAGGGAGUUCUACAGAGAAAAUGAAAGCCUGGAUAUUGAAGCCAUGAGAGAACAAGAUCAUGAUGUGGAGUUUUUCUCUGAGGCAUUGGAGCGCUACAACAGACAGCAUGCUGGUGCCGAGGCUAUCGUACUCAGACGUUCUAUCGGGAUGCUGAUGGUAGAUGCUGUGCAGAUGAGGAACAAGCUUAUCCCGUCUCCCAUGCGCUGUUUAUAUGUGAUCAACGACAUGCUUCCCAAACUAGCCAAGAAGAGAGUAGAUGAGCUGAUUGCUGAGGCACAGGAUGCUCAGUACAAGCUGGAGAUCCUACCAACCACCACCACGGAGUUUGUAGAAGCUCUCACCUUCCUGGACAAGAUACAGGAAAGGAUCGACCCACUGGAGGCAGAAGCCAUCAUCAUCAAAGACAUGUACGAUCUGAUCGAGCAGUACACGGUCCCGACACCCCCGGAGGACUUUGCAGUCUACCAGACCCUCUCCCCGUCAGUCACGGCCGUUCGCAACGCCAUCGACAAGGCCGUGGGCGAACGUGACGCCAACGUGGACAAGUUCUGCAACCACCUAGACAAGGACAUCUCAGAGUUGAACAAAGAUGUCAAGAGCAUCAAGCAGGAAUCUCAGAACCCAAUGAUUCUGGACUCAAACGCUGAGCAAUCAAAGGUCAACGCCCUUCUGAACAAGCUGGGAACCAGACUAGAGGUGCUGCAGAAGACAGCUUUCCUGUACAAGUCCUAUCAGAAGAACUUUAAGGUAGAGGUGACCAAGUACGAGGAGCUUGAAGAGACACACGCUGAGCUGAAACUCAAACAGUUACUCUGGGAAUCAUUGGAUGAAUGGGAUACUAUUGCUGCUCAGUGGACUGAUUGUGAUUUUGACAGUCUUGAUCCAGAGGAGCUAUCAUCGACGGUAGGCAGGUUCGGCAAGUCAGUCCACCAGCUUGAGAAGGGUCUACCUUCCAAUCAUGUAGUCCCUAAGCUGAAGGAGAGAGUCGAGGGCAUGAGAGAGAAGUUGCCGGUGAUCACCAACAUGCGCAACCCGUCGCUGAAGCAACGUCACUGGGAGGCCAUCGAAAGCAUCUUGAACUUCAGCAUCAAGUCGGAGGACUCUAUCACCCUGGGUUUAUUGACCAACCUGGAUGCCUUCAGUCACACCGAGGAAAUAGAAGAAGUAUCUGGGCAGGCGUCAAGUGAAGCGGCUCUCGAGACUCUGCUUAAAAAGGUUGAAGAUGCUUGGAAAACGACUGAAUUCACCGUCCUCGGUCACCGUGACUCCAAAGACGUGUUCAUAUUGGGCGGAACAGACGAGAUUCAGGUCCUUCUUGACGACAGCCAGGUGAACAUGUCUACCAUUGCCAGCUCCCGUCAUGUUGGACCCAUCAAGCCGAGGGUAGAGGAGUGGGUUCGUAACCUGGGUCUGUUCAGCGAGACGCUGGAGGAGUGGCUGAACUGCCAGAGGAACUGGCUGUAUCUGGAGAGUAUCUUCAGUGCACCUGAUAUACAGAGGCAGCUACCGGCUGAGGCUAAGAUGUUCAUGCAGGUUGACAAAUCUUGGAAAGAAAUAAUGCGCAAAGCAAACCGACUGCCGCUGGCAAUGCGUGCCGCCACACAGCCAGGCCUCCUAGAGACCUUCAAGAAUAAUAACUCCCUCCUAGACCAGAUUCAGAAGUGUCUGGAAGCCUACCUGGAAUCCAAGAGAUGCGUCUUCCCAAGGUUCUACUUCUUGUCCAAUGACGAGUUGCUUGAGAUUCUGUCACAAACACGGAACCCUCACGCCGUCCAGCCUCAUCUCAGGAAAUGCUUCGACGCUAUUGCUAAGCUAGAGUUUGGAAGUACGGGAGCUCAACCCUCUGAUGGAAAGAUAUCGCCCUCUGGUGACAAAGAGGAAGCUGUAAAGACAUCCACCAAUGACAUCCUGGCCAUGGUCUCACCGGAGAACGAGGUUGUCGGCCUCGGCAAGGGCCUGAAGGCCAGAGGCAACGUAGAGGACUGGCUGGGUAAGGUGGAAGAGGCCAUGGUGUCUUCUCUCCGUCGUCUCACCAAGGCAGCGCUGACCGACUACGAAGCCCGCCCUCUGGAGGAGUGGGUAACGCAGCACGCAUCCCAGGUGGUGUUGACCGUAGCGCAGACGAUGUGGUGCAGGGACGUGAUUGAGAUCCUGGACGGGGAUUGCGAUCGCAUCGAGUUGAUGAAAGAAUUUGAGCUGAAGAAUUUUGAGAGUUUGAACCGUCUUGCCGCCAUGGUCCGCGGCGACCUCACCAAGCUCGUACGCAACAUUAUGUGCGCGCUCAUCACCGUCAGUGUGCACGCCCGUGACAUCAUCACCAGUAUGGUCAAAAAUGGUGUGGACAACUCCAACAACUUCGAGUGGGUCAAACAGAUGAGGUACUACUGGGACUUGGAGUUGGAUAACUGCGUCGUGCGGAUGUCCACGUCACAGUACGUGUAUGGUUACGAGUAUUUGGGGGCUUCAGCACGUCUGGUCAUUACCCCAUUGACGGAUCGUUGUUACCUGUGCCUCAUGGGAGCUCUCCAGCUGGACCUCGGGGGUGCUCCAGCCGGCCCGGCUGGAACCGGCAAGACAGAGACGACCAAGGAUCUGGCCAAGGGCUUAGCCAAGCAGUGCGUGGUCUUCAACUGCUCCGACGGUCUGGACUACAAGAUGAUGGGUCGAUUCUUCUCCGGCUUGGCCCAGUCCGGCGCCUGGUGCUGCUUCGAUGAGUUCAACCGAAUCGAUAUUGAGGUGUUGUCUGUCAUCGCGCAGCAGCUGAUCACAAUCAGAAAUGCAAAGGCUGCCAAGGUAUCACGGUUCAUGUUUGAAGGACGUGAGAUCAAGCUAGUAGCGUCUUGUGCUGCAUUUAUUACCAUGAAUCCUGGCUAUGCAGGCCGUACUGAGCUUCCUGAUAACCUGAAGGCUCUCUUCAGACCGAUCUCCAUGAUGGUACCAGACUACACUCUGAUCGCCGAGGUCAUCCUAUACUCUGAAGGUUUCGAGUCCUCCAAGACAUUGGCUCGUAAGAUGACCCAGAUGUACAAACUCUGCAGUGAACAGCUGUCACAGCAGGAUCACUACGACUUUGGGAUGCGUGCGGUCAAAUCUGUCCUGGUGAUGGCCGGAGCGCUCAAGCGCGGCAACCCUGACCUAGGAGAGGACAUUGUGCUCAUCAGGGCACUGCGUGACAGCAACCUGCCCAAGUUUCUGGCCGAUGACGCUGUGCUGUUUGGGGGCAUCUUGUCCGAUCUGUUUCCCGGCUCUGUUCUCCCUGAGCAUGACUACGGUACCCUGCAAAGCUUCAUUGUACAGAGCCUCAUCGAUAAAGGCCUACAGCCUGAGGAGUGUAUCAUACGCAAGGUGAUCCAGCUGUAUGAGACUAUGAUUGUACGUCACGGUGUCAUGCUGGUUGGACCAACUGGAGGCGGGAAGACUACAACGUAUGAGAUCCUACAAGAAGCCUUGACUGAGCUUCACAAGGCGGGUGAGGACAGUCCAUACUACCAGCCAGUCAAAACCUACAUCCUCAACCCUAAAGCUGUGUCUAUGGGUGAACUGUAUGGAGAGGUCAAUAAACUGACCCUUGAAUGGCAGGACGGUCUGAUGGCUACUAUAGUCCGCAUCACAUCAGCUGAGACUACAGAAGACCAUAAGUGGAUCAUCUGUGAUGGUCCCGUGGACGCCCUGUGGAUUGAGAACAUGAAUACCGUUCUGGAUGACAAUAAGAUGCUCUGUCUCGCUAACAGUGAACGUAUUAAGCUGUCAAACUCCAUUCACAUGGUGUUUGAGGUGCAAGAUCUGGCCGUAGCCUCCCCUGCCACUGUCAGCAGAUGUGGUAUGGUAUACAUCGAUCCCGGAGAGCUAAAAUGGAUGCCGUACGUCAGGACUUGGAUCGCAGACUUCAAGGGCAAGGUGAAGGAGGAGACGUUCACGUACAUCUUGGAGCUCUUUGAGACGUACGUAGAGGACGGUCUGAGGUUCACCUCCAAGAAAUGCAUCCAAGCUAUCAACCAGGUGGACAUUAGCAAGGUGAACACCCUGUGCUGUCUCCUGGAGGUUCUAGUCUUCAAGGGUAGCUUGGACUUGAGGAUGGAAACAAACCGUCUACACUCGUUGAUCUGCACUACCUUUGUCUUCUGCUAUCUCUGGUCUGUAGGAGGCAACCUGGUGGAGGGCUGCUGGGACCUGUUUGACACGUUUGUCCGCAAUCAGUUUGAGGACAAUGGCGACGCAAAGUUGAAUUCCAGCGGUGAUCUAUGGAGCUGCUAUAUCGACUUUGACGCCAAGCGGAUGGACCUUUGGGAGAAGGUUAUCCCAGUCUUUAAGUACGACCCCGAGGUGCCAUUCUUUGACAUGCUGGUACCCACCAUGGACACUGUACGCUUCGGCUACCUGAUGGAGAAACUACUAGCCGUGAAUCGCUCUGUUCUCUUCACUGGUACCACUGGUGUGGGAAAGUCUGUGAUUGCCAGAGGUCUAUUGGACAACAUCAGUGAGAAGGCAAACUACGUCCCCGUCUUCAUGAACUUCUCUGCUCAGACUACAAGUAUCCGCACUCAGGAGAUCAUCGAGGGCAAGCUGGAGAAGAAACGCAAGACAAUCUUAGGUGCACCAGCAGGGAAGCGUAUCAUCAUCUUCGUGGAUGAUCUGAACAUGCCCAAGUUGGAUACGUAUGGUUCCCAGCCUCCCAUUGAGUUACUCAGACAAUACCAAGACUUCAGAGGUCUCUAUGACAGAGAGAAACUGUUCUGGAAAGAUAUUCAGGAUGUGACAUUGUCUGCAGCCUGUGCCCCACCAGGCGGAGGACGUAACCCUGUAACACCUCGACUCAUGAGACAUUUCAGCAUGUUCUGUGUACCCACCGCAUCCGACCACAGUCUUAAACACAUCUUCAUGUCCAUCAUCAACGGAUUCUUGCAUGACUUUCCCCCUGCUGUGAAGCAGACCUCUGAGGCCAUCGUGGGUGCUGCUGUGGAGAUCUACGGCCGUAUGAGCACUGACCUGCUGCCCACACCUGCCAAGUCCCACUAUGUCUUCAAUCUCAGAGAUUUAUCCAAAUGUGUCCAAGGUGUGUUGCAAGCCGACCCAGGAGUGAUCCGCGAUCAGGUGGGCAUAUUCCGCCUCUUCUGCCAUGAGUGCCAGCGCGUCUUCCACGACCGCCUCAUCAACCUAGAGGACAAGGCCUACUUCAAUGAGAUCAUGGCUGAGAUGGCCGGCAAGCACUUCAGCCAGAACAUCGAGCCAGAGGCGUUCGUCAAGACACCGAUCAUCUUCGGCGACUUUAUGAAGAUGGGAGCGGACGAGAGCGACAGACUGUACGAGGACAUCGCAGACGCCAACAAGCUCAGGAACGUCUUGCAAGAUUAUCUUGAUGACUGCAACAUGGCGUCCUCAAAGGAGAUGAAGCUGGUCUUCUUCAUGGAUGCAGUGCAGCACGUUGCCAGGAUUGUGCGAAUCAUUCGUCAGCAGCGUGGUAACGCACUGCUGGUCGGCGUGGGUGGUACCGGUAAGCAGUCCCUGACAAGACUCGCGGCACACAUCUGCACCUACAGGUGUUUCCAGAUUGAGCUGAGCCGUGGCUAUAACUACGACUCGUUCCACGAUGAUCUGAAGAAGCUUUAUGAGAUGGCCGGAGUGCAGAACCUCAACACUGUCUUCUUGUUCACGGAUACACAGAUCGUUGUGGAGGAAUUUUUGGAAGACAUCAACAAUAUUCUGAAUUCCGGUGAAGUGCCCAAUCUCUUUGAGGCGGACGAGUACGAACGUGUCAUCAUCGGGGUGAGACAAGCCGCUAAGGAAGCAGGCGUAUCGGAGGGCAACCGAGAUGAGAUCUUCAACUUCUUCAUCAACCGGGUGCGCCAGAAUCUGCACAUCGUGCUGUGUAUGAGCCCUGUGGGUGACGCGUUCAGGUCGCGUUGUCGCAUGUUCCCGUCGUUGGUGAAUUGCUGCACCAUCGAUUGGUUCACAGAGUGGCCACGUGAGGCUUUGCUUUCCGUGUCGCAGACAUUCUUUGAGUCUGUGGAUCUUGGCGAGGAAGGAAUGAAGAAUAAGAUCGCUGAGAUGUGCGUUGAGAUUCACACCAGCGUGAGUUCCAUGGCCGAGCGUUUCUACGCUGAGCUGCGUCGUCGAUACUACACCACCCCUACUAGCUACCUAGAGCUCAUCAAUCUCUACCUCUCUAUGCUCUCAGAGAAAAGAAAGCAAUUAGUGAAUGCACGCGACCGUGUCAAGAACGGUCUGACCAAGCUUCUUGAGACCAAUACCUUGGUCGCUGACAUGGAGGUGUCUUUGACUGCCCUGGAGCCCGUCCUGAAACAGAAAUCCAGCGACACUGAGAAACUGAUGGAAAGGCUGGCCGUGGAUCAAGAGAAAGCCGAUCAGGUACGAAAAGUGGUUCUCGAGGACGAGGCAACGGCCAAGGUGAAGGCGGAAGAGACCCAAGCCAUCGCGGAAGACGCCCAGCGUGACCUGGAAGAGGCCCUCCCCGCCCUGGAUUCUGCUCAGAAGGCACUGGACUCCCUGGAUAAGAACGACAUCUCUGAGAUCAAGGUGUUCAACAAGCCACCGGACAUGGUGCUUACUGUCAUGGAGGCAAUCUGUAUCCUACUGGGAGUCAAGCCUGACUGGCCUUCUGCCAAGGGUCUACUAAGCGACCCCAACUUCUUGAAGAGGCUCAUGGAUUACGACAAGGACAAUGUUCCCGACUCUCUCCUCAAGAAGCUCAAGAAGUACAUCGAAAAUCCUAGAUUUGUUCCUGAUGUGGUUGAGAAAACAUCAAAGGCUUGUAAGUCUAUGUGCAUGUGGGUGAGAGCAAUGGAUCUGUACUCCAAAGUGUUCCGCACAGUGGAGCCAAAGAAAAAGAAGCUGCGUGAAGCAGAGGAAGAGCUAGCUGCCACUAUGUCAGUGCUCAAGGAGAAGCAAGACAAGCUGGCCGCCGUGGAGAGUCAGAUCGCCGAGUUACAGGCCUCCUACGAUGCCAGCGUCAAUGAGAAAGAGACACUGACUAAGAACAUGGCCAAGACUGCGGCUAGAUUGAAGCGUGCCGGUAAACUGACGACGGCUCUUGGAGAUGAACAGGGAAGAUGGCAGGAGAGUGUACAGGAGUUCCAGAAAGAGAUAGGCAACGUUGUCGGCAACGUCUUCGUGGCCGCAGCUUGUGUGGCCUAUUUCGGUGCCUUCACCAGCUCCUACCGUAUUGAGCUCGUCCAGCGCUGGACUGACCGAUGCAAAGAGCUUGAGAUCCCUGUAACAGACGACUUGAGUCUGCUCAAGGUCUUGGCCGAUCCGUUUGAGAUCAGACAGUGGAAUGCAGAUGGUUUGCCCAGAGACAACGUGUCUACAGAGAAUGCCAUCCUUGUCACCCGUGGGAGGCGCUGGCCUCUUAUGAUUGAUCCCCAGGACCAGGCCAAUCGCUGGAUCCGUAACCGUGAAGCCAAGAAUGGUCUGAAGGUGAUCAAGCUGACCGAUGGUAAUUUCCUUAGGACAUUAGAGAACUGCAUCCGUAUCGGCAUGCCAGUCCUUCUAGAAGAGGUUGAAGAGAGUCUAGAUCCCUCCCUGGAACCCAUCCUGCUCAAGCAGACGUUCGUACAGGGUGGCCGUCUCCUCAUUCGUCUCGGAGACAGCGACAUCGACUACGACAAGAACUUCCGAUUUUACAUGACAACCAAGAUGGCCAACCCUCACUACCUCCCUGAGGUCUGCAUCAAAGUCACCAUCAUUAACUUCACUGUCACUAAGUCUGGACUUGAAGACCAGUUGCUCAGUGAUGUUGUGAGACUGGAGCGUCCUGACUUGGAGGAGCAGCGGAACCAACUGAUUGUCCGCAUCAACGCUGAUAAGAACCAACUCAAGGCCAUCGAGGAUCGCAUCCUUAAGCUGCUCUUUGAAUCUGAGGGCAACAUCCUGGACAAUGAGGAGCUGAUUGAUACGCUCAAUAAAUCUAAGGUGACAUCCGGUGUAAUCAGCACCCGUCUGAAGGAGGCAGAGCAGACUGAAGAGAAGAUCACCCUGGCUCGUGAGAAGUAUCGAGUAGUCGCAGCUAGAGGGUCCGUCAUGUACUUUGUUGUGGCCUCCCUGGCUGAGAUUGACCCCAUGUAUCAGUACUCACUCAAGUACUUCAAAAAUCUCUUCAACCAGUGCAUAGAAAACAGUGAGAAGAGUGAGGAUUUAAACACUCGGCUCCAGAUCUUAUUGCGUCAAACCACCAUAGCUGUCUACACAAACGUCUCAAGGGGUUUGUUUGAGGUGCACAAGUUGGUGUAUUCCUUCAUGCUUUGUGCUGAUAUCAUGAGGCAGGAAGACAAGAUUAAACAGACUGAGUGGAACUUCUUCCUGAGGGGUACAGCUGGCGUGGAAAAGGAGCAUCCAUCCAAGCCAGAUAUACCUUGGAUAAAUGACUAUGUCUGGAACACAACGUUUGAUUUAGACGACUCAGUGCCUGCCUUCAAAGGGUUACUGAGGGAUCUGGUGGCUACCCCAAUCUACUGCAAGAUGGGUCGUCUCGAGGUGACACCCAACCCUGCAUCUUGGGAGGGCUACGGUCCGGUACCCCCGCCCUAUGAACCCCCACCACCCCCUGCUGAGGGCGAGGAGCCGCCGGCCGCUGUGGAGGAUGACAAAAAGGUCAAAGGUCACUGGAAUGACCGGCUCACCAGCUUCCAGAAACUCAUGCUGGUCAAGUGCUUCAUGGAAGAAAAGGUCGUGUUUGCCGUGACUGACUUUGUCAGCGAGAACCUCGGCAAGGUGUUUGUGGAGAGCCCUGCGGUGGAUCUAGCCACCCUCUACGAGGACAUGACGCCCUACACACCCCUGGUCUUUGUGCUGAGUACCGGCUCGGAUCCCAUGGGUGCCUUCCAGAGGUUUGCCAAGGAGAGGGGCUUCAUGGAGAGGAUCCAGGCCAUCUCAUUGGGUCAGGGACAGGGUCCCGUUGCAGAGAAGAUGAUCGACAUUGCCGUGAAGAACGGCGACUGGGUGUUCUUGCAGAAUUGCCACUUGGCUGCGUCCUGGAUGUUGGCCAUGGAGGAGAAGAUUAAAGAGCUAGGAGAGCCCGGAGCCGAGAUUCACGAUGAUUUCAGACUCUUCCUUAGCUCCAUGCCGACAACUAAGUUCCCUGUCUCUGUCUUGCAGAACAGCGUCAAAGUCACCAACGAGCCCCCAAAGGGCCUCAGGGCUAACGUCCGUCGAGCCUUCUCGGAGAUGACAUCUCAACAGUUUGAGGAACACAUUCUAGGGAUCAAGUGGCGCAAGCUGAACUUUGGUGUCUGCCUGUUCCACGCCAUCAUUCAAGAACGGAAGAAGUUUGGGCCUCUAGGUUGGAAUAUCAAGUAUGAGUUCAACGACAGCGAUCGAGAGUGUGCUCUUGAGAAUCUGAGGAUGUUCCUGGCUGAUGGAGAGAUCCCGUGGGAUGCAUUGAUCUAUAUCACAGGAGAGAUCACUUAUGGUGGGCGUGUAACGGACGUCUGGGAUCAACGAUGUCUACGCACAGUCUUAAGGAGGUUCUUCGCUCCAGAGACCCUGGAUCUAGACUACAAGUAUUCAGAAUCCGGUAUUUACUACUGUCCUGACCUGGAUACUCUGAGUGAGUAUCGACACUACAUUGAGCAUCUGCCCAUCAUUGAUGAACCCGAGAUCUUUGCUAUGUUCGGAAACGCUAACAUUUCAUUCCAGCGGCAAGAGACCCAGCAGUUGAUUGGUACAAUCUUGGAGGUUCAACCUCGGAUGGCCGCUGGUGGUGGUGGUAUGAGCAACGAUGACAUCGUCUUUGAACUAGCUGAGAACAUUCUCUCCAAGCUGCCCGACGUCUUGGAUAUCGAGUUGGCUUACCAGGAAAUGUUUAAGGUUGAUGCUAAGGGGCGUAUUAAUUCCCUGACCACCGUGCUGUGUCAGGAGGUGGACCGUUUCAACAUUCUACUCAAAGUCAUUAAGGACUCAAUGCGUACCAUCCAGAAAGCUAUUAAGGGUCUAGUGGUGAUGUCUGAGGAGCUGGAGCGUGUCUACCACAGCUUCCUCAAUAACCAAGUGCCAGAGAUGUGGAGUAACGCAGCAUAUCCCUCUCUCAAGCCCCUCGCCUCAUGGGUUCGGGAUCUCCAGCUCAGGGUGGCUUUUGUUGGGCAUUGGAUUGUUCACGGUCUGCCCAAGUCAUUCUGGCUCUCUGGGUUCUUCUUCCCUCAAGGUUUCUUGACCGGCACUCUCCAAAACCACGCUCGCAAGUACGACUACCCGAUCGAUCAGCUGACAUUCCGCUUCACGGUGUUGCCUAACUACCGUGACCAAGCCACAGUGGCUGCCCAAGAGGACACGCUGUCGUUCGGACAGACCACUGACUCCGACAAAGAGCAGCCAGAGAUCGAGGCGGGGUCCGACCUUCCGUCGCCAAAGGACGGCGUUCUGGUCCAUGGAUUAUUCAUGGAUGCAUCUCGCUGGGACGAUGAGAAGAUGGUGAUCACUUCACCCAAACCGGGAGAGAUGAACCCGCCCAUGCCAGUCAUGGUGAUGGAGCCCGAGAUGAACUUUGUACCCGACGAGGCGGACUACAUCUGCCCACUGUACAAGACUGGCCUCCGGGCUGGGACCCUGUCUACAACAGGACAUUCAACUAACUUUGUGGUGUCCGUCCAUCUUCCAUCGGACAAGCCUCAAGACUACUGGAUCUCCAAGGCCUCGGCUUUGCUCUGCCAGCUCAACGAAUAAACGUUUUUUACCGUAAAUCGUCAUGGGGCCAUUUUGUCACACUCCGCUUGUAUGCCCAAAAUCCGGUGUUAAGCAGCUUUACGAAAGUGGGCCCAGAAAAAAAUGCCUAGUAAGUCAUACUUUUGUAACCGGUGUCUGGCUCCUUUGUUUUGCUUUUUAAUAAGCGGUGAAAUUUUGCACAAGACAGAAAUGAUGACGGCAAUUUAUAGAUUCAUUAAGUAAAGAUGGUCUACUACAUGUAGAUACAGGAAACAAGACAAUGGUGGCUGCAUAUUGCGCCGUCUACAGAGCAGUACAAUAAAAGUGUUUUUGUACAAUAAUUUCACUGAAACUUGCAUGACUUGUGAAGAAAAAAAGGUUUGUACAUAUCUAAUAAUCCAUUCAUGGUAAUAUCAGAAAACCGGUUCAGUGCCUUUUUAAAAAUAUUACUGGAUUGUAAAUAGUCAAAGCAAAUGCACAGAGAAUAUUAUCUUUCAUAUGUUUUUCCUCAAGAGUAGAUAGAUCUGUUUUAGUUCACAUUAUUCCAGCAAUAAGCUUUAUACUAAUGAAACAAAAUUAUUUAAAUGAUUUGGUUAUCAAAUGUUAAACCUGAUUGGAAUUGUAACAAACGUGUGUGCCUUAAAAUGCUAAGGAAAUUGUACUAAGCUUUUGUUUUUUCUUUUUAACAUUUGGAAGUUAUUUAUUGAAAUCGUUUAGGGCAACUCAGUUUUGACUCUUUCAAUCUGAUGCCUUUAUACAUCAUUAAGUCUUAACUUGUUAGGAGAACUUUAAUAGCAAUGAUUUAUUGGAGCAUAAAAGUGAUCUUUAUUCCAUCUCCGUCCAAUUAUAUUCAACUUUAAAAGAAUUUAUAUCAACAAUAUUUGAGACUGACUCAAUAAAUAUAUUUUCUUCUUAUACAUUAAUUAUUGCAUUGGAACCUGAUUUAAGCCUUACAUUCCAUCCAAUCUGUCAGGUACAAAAGUGUUUUUCUUGGUUUUUUUUUAAAUACCUUAUAUUAUGUUAAAUUUCUAAAAGAUUUGUUAGGAAUGUAAUGAAGUUUAUUUGAACGUACACUUACAAUGUUGACUUUAUACUUGUUUACAAAGAGUUAACUUGUGAUCUUCUACAAUGGCUUGCAGGUUCCACUUCUGUAAAUCAUUCCGCUUUCCGUCCAGCAUUUGGUUUUAACCUGAUUCAUUUAAUGGUGUGUGAAACCUUGUACAUUAAAACAUAUGAUGUUGUGAACAAUAAGGAAAAAUGGUUUAUCUUUCGUCUGUUCUGCUAACUUUUAGACCCUAAAAUUACAACUUGAAAAUUUGCAACAAUUUCAUAAAAUUAAUGGACUUGCCUCUUGAUGGACUUGCCCCUUGUGAUUUUUUUCAAAUUUUGGCCUAUUUUUCAGGUUCCAAUAUUUCCAUAAACAGCUUGAAUCAUUGGUCAAGUAAUAUAAAAGGGCAUUAGUAGAGCCUACUGCAUAAUUUGAAAGCCUAACAUUGCAACUUCAAAAUUCGCCAACAAUUGCUAAAAAAGGCUGGAUUUUUUUAAUUUUUGACCUAAUUUCAAAGUAUCAAUAUUUUGCUAAAUAAAGCUAAAAUGUACAUGUAGGUCAAGUUAAAUAAAAUGGCAUUAGUAGUGCCUAUCAUUUUAGAGCCUUAAAUUGCAACUGAAAAAUUUGCAGAAAACUGACAAAAAUGCUGGACUUACCCCUUGUCGUUUUUUUUUUCAAUUUUUCACCUUAUUUCAAAGUAUCAAAAAUUCUCUAAAUAAAGCUUCAAAUGAAGUUCAAGUUAUAUACAUGACAUCAGUAGAGCCUACUGCAUCAUUUUAGAGCGUAAAAUUGCAACUUAAAAAUGCUGGAUUUACCCCUUGCGGUUUUUUCAAUUUUGGACCUACAUGUACAUGUACUUUCAAAUUAUCAAUACAUGUACAUGUGUAUUUUUCUAAAUAAAGCUUAAAAUGUAUGUCUAGUUGUAUAAAACGGCAUUAGAAGAGCAUAAUGCAUCAUUUUAGAGCCUAAAAUUGCAAUUGAAAAAUUGAUAAAAAUGCUGGACUUACGUUUUUUUUAAUUUUUGACCUAAUUUCAAAGUAUCAAAAUUUCUCUAAAUAAAGCUUAAAAUGUUGGUCAAGGUAGUAGAGCCUACUGCAUCAUUUUAAAGCCUAAAAUUGCAACUGAAAAAUUGGCCGUAAUUGAAAAAAAUGCUGGACUUACCCCUUGUGAUUUUUUUUUUCAAAUUUUGACCUUAUUUCAAAGUAUCAAUAUUUCUCUAAAAAGAGCUUAAAAUUUUGGCCAAGUUAUGUAAAAUGGCAUCAGUAGAGUCUACUGCAUCAUUUUAGAGCCUAAAAUUGCAACUGAAAAUGUUGCCAAAAAUUGAUAAAAAUGCUGGACUUACCCCUUGUGUUUUUUUUCAAUUUUUGACCUAAUUUCAAAGUGUCAACACUUCUCUAUAAAUAAAAAAUUAAAUGUAGGUCAAGUUAUAUAACGUGGCAUUAGUAGACCCUACAGCAUAAUUUUAGAGCCUAAAAUCUCAUCUAGAAAGUACAUGCAAUCUUACCAUGACUACGAGUAUUUGUGCCCGGCGAAACAUGAUGUGUACAGUUUUUUGUCACACAGGGCGGUUUGAAUGUAAACAUACACUGUAGGUUACAUUGUCUAUAAACUCUUGUAUAAAAUAGUUCUUAUAAUAUUGAAAAUAUGUGAUUUACCAAUUUGGAAAAAAAGUUACCUAAAGUCUGAUUAGGUACAGUAUUCUACACUUAAAUCAAACUAACUUACAUGUAUAAAUAUAGGUUUUCUCGGUCAAAUUCGGCAAACGAGCAGUCAAUUUCAUUUUCAUGCGUUUGAAUUAAAGCUGUUUUGCCUCUCCAGUUGUUACAAGCGUCUGCAAAUUUGAACGCUGCUUUGAUGAAUUAUUAAAGUGAAUGAUUAUUUUGUUAAAUCGAAUGACGCAACAUUACAUUUGACAAAUCAU